GGCGGCGCCCCCGCCUGCCCCCUGCUGCUGGCCGAGCCGGGCCCCGCGGGCCCGAAGGGCAAGGAGCCCGUGGUGUACCCCUGGAUGAAGAAGAUCCACGUGAGCGCCGUCAACCCCAGUUAUAACGGAGGGGAGCCCAAGCGCUCCCGAACCGCCUAUACCCGGCAGCAGGUCUUGGAGCUGGAGAAGGAGUUCCACUUCAACCGUUACCUGACCCGGAGGCGCCGCAUCGAGAUCGCCCACACGCUCUGCUUGUCCGAGCGCCAGGUCAAGAUCUGGUUUCAGAACAGGCGGAUGAAGUGGAAGAAAGACCACAAACUCCCUAACACCAAGAUGCGAUCUUCCAACCCCGCCUCGGCCUCUGCCGGCCCGCCUGGGAAAGCACAAGCUCAUAGCCCACACCCUCAUCCCCACCCUCUCCCCAGUGCCUCCGCGCCCAUUCCCUCCUCCAUGUGAUCCCCUGGAGACCUAAAGCAGUUCCUGUCACUUCCCUGCCCUCCUCAUCUCUUGCUCCUAUCCUCGUCCGCUCCUCCCCCAGUAAACCCUAACAGACACCAAAACAAAAUUCAACUCGGUGGAAACCAUAACCAAAAAGAAGACGUUAUGCCUAGUGUCUGUGUGUGGACCCCCAAAGGACACCUGUCCCGGAUACUGCUUCGUGGGACAACCUGCUGACCUGGGCAGCUCUGCCCGGGGUUGGAAACCUGCAAGGACUCACUUGCCAUCGGCUACCUUUGACUCAGCAGGACUGCACGUGCUCACUGGGAACGCGGGCUUGUUCUCUUGGCUGCGAGGAGAAGCCCAGCAGUCUCCCAUCUUCCUCCCCUUCCUCUUCUGCGCCCAGGCAGCUCUCGCGAGCUUUGCUUAGUAGACAUUUGUGGACCUCACCAAAUUAUUUAAUUCUCAAAGUGUGUAGAUCUUGAUGGUAGGUGCAUCAUGUAGCUUCUUCCUCUCCUCACGUUUAUUAUAGAUAUCGUUAUAGAGGUGGUGUUGUCUGAUUCUGGGGCACAAUCUUACGGGAGAGGGAAAUGCGUUUAGACCCACUGUGUAAAGUGAUAUGGCUGUAUAAAGAGGAAUGUGCUAAGAAUAAAAUUCAUUUAAAAGAACAU